AUGUCUCUUUCCAAAUAUUUUAACCCAAUUCCUGACGCUUCUGUCACCUUUGAUGGGGCAACCGUUGAACUCGAAGAAUCUCUCGGCGCUGUCCAAAACGAUGAAGAAUCCAUAGGCCAUUUGGAAAUCGGCGAUAUCACUUUCCGUGCUAAUGAAGGUGAAGUCAUUUUAGUACUAGGGAAUCCAACGUCAGCGCUCUUUAAGGGUCUAUUCCACGGUAACAAACAUUUGAAAUAUUCGCCCGAAGGGUCUAUUAGAUUCAAGGACAAUGAAUAUAGGCAGUUUGCUGCAAAGUGUCCUCACCAAAUAAUUUAUAAUAAUGAACAGGAUAUUCAUUUUCCAUACCUGACAGUAGAGCAAACUAUCGAUUUUGCUUUAAGUUGUAAAUUUCAUAUCCCCAAACAGGAACGUAUUGAAAUGAGAGAUCAGUUGUUGAAAGAAUUCGGAUUAUCUCACGUAAAGAAGACGUAUGUCGGGAACGACUAUGUUCGCGGUGUUUCUGGUGGUGAAAGAAAGCGAAUCUCCAUUAUCGAAACCUUCAUCGCCAAUGGGUCUGUCUACUUGUGGGACAACUCGACAAAAGGUCUGGAUUCUGCCACAGCCUUGGAAUUUCUUUCUAUUACGCAAAAGAUGGCGAAAGCCACUAGAUCGGUUAAUUUUGUCAAAAUCUCUCAAGCCAGUGACAAAAUCGUUAGCAAAUUUGACAAGAUUCUCAUGCUGAGUGAUUCCUUCCAGGUGUUUUACGGAACUAUGGAGGAGUGCUUAACUCAUUUCCACGACGUUUUGCAGAUAAAGAAAAACCCUAACGAUUGCAUUAUCGAAUAUUUGACGUCAAUCCUGAAUUUCAAAUUCAAGGAAAUGUCUAAUUCCAUUGUCGGCUUUGAGGCGCCAUCGGUUAUCUCCAAAGGCAAUCAAGCUUUAAGCAUCAAUAAUGAAACAGAUUUACAUACCGUAUGGGUGCAAUCUUCAUACUACAAGCACUGGAAGGCAAUCACUUCGGAGACAAUAAAAAACUGCUCGAGAACGGAUGUCAAUCCGGACGAUAUUUCUCCCGUGUUUAGCAUCCCACUGAAAAUGCAGCUUAAAACUUGUACUAUAAGAGCUUUUCAAAGAAUUAUUGGUGAUAGAAAUUAUUUGAUCUCUCAGUUUGUUUCUGUCAUAGUGCAGUCCUUAGUUAUUGGGUCUCUUUUUUAUAACAUUCCUUUAACAACUAUCGGAUCCUUUUCCAGAGGCUCCCUAACUUUCUUUUCCAUUCUGUUUUUUACAUUCCUUUCCCUGGCUGAUAUGCCUGCUUCUUUUCAAAGGCAGCCUGUCGUUCGUAAACAUGUUCAGCUACAUUUCUAUUAUAACUGGAUCGAAGCUUUAGCAACAAAUUUUUUCGACUGUUGCUCCAAAUUUAUACUUGUGGUUGUUUUCACCAUCAUCCUUUACUUUUUAGCUCAUUUACAAUACAAUGCCGCCAGGUUUUUCAUCUUCCUCCUUUUCCUUUCCGUCUAUAACUUUUGUAUGGUAUCACUAUUUGCCUUGACUGCUUUGAUUGCUCCUACUUUAUCAAUGGCAAAUCUUUUAGCCGGUAUCCUACUGUUAGCUAUUGCCAUGUAUGCAUCUUAUGUUAUUUACAUGAAAGAUAUGCACCCGUGGUUUAUUUGGAUUGCAUACUUAAAUCCCGCUAUGUUUGCCAUGGAAGCUAUCUUAAGUAACGAAAUGUUCAAUCUGAAGCUAGACUGUCAUGAAAGCAUUAUCCCGAGAGGCGAGUCCUAUGACAAUGUCUCAUUUAGUCAUAAAGCUUGUGCUUGGCAAGGUGCCACCCUAGGUAACGAUUAUGUCAGAGGUCGUGAUUAUUUAAAAGGUGGGUUAAGGUACAGUUAUAGUCAUGUGUGGAGAAAUUUUGGUAUUAUUAUCGGCUUUCUGUGUUUCUUUCUGUUCUGUUCUUUGAUGGCCGCUGAAUACAUCACUCCUCUGUUCACCAGAGAAAAUAUGCUGCGUUGGAACAACCAUCUUAAAAAAUGUUGUCCCUUUUUAAGUAAUAAAAAGAAGCGGCAAAGGGAGGUUACCAAUAGUUCUGGUAUAUGUACUCCUAAACCUCCGGUAGGCAAUUUGUCCACUUCAUCCUCAUCUGUCCCAUCCAUGUCCCAUCCCUCUGACACUGACUACAAUAUUAAGCAUCCUGAUGAAGCUGUUAACAAUCAAACUAAGGAAUCGAUAGCUGUGGAAACACAAAAACACGUCAUUUCUUGGAAGAAUAUCAAUUAUACAGUUGGAGAUAAGAAAUUAAUCGAUGACGCUUCUGGUUAUAUAAGUUCAGGAUUAACUGCUUUAAUGGGUGAAUCUGGUGCUGGUAAGACGACUCUCUUGAAUAUUUUAUCUCAAAGGACAGAAAAUGGUGUGGUUACUGGGGAAUUAUUGAUCGACGGCCGGCCGCUCGCGAAUAUUGAUGCUUUCAGAAGAAGCAUAGGAUUUGUUCAACAGCAGGACGUUCAUUUAGAGUUGCUGACUGUUAAGGAGUCUCUAGAAAUCUCCUGUGUUUUAAGAGGUGACGGUGACAGAGAUUAUCUAGGAGUUGUUAGCAAGCUACUGAGAUUAACUUCGGAAAAGCUUGUUGCUGAUUUGUCUCCCACUGAGAGAAAAUUAUUAUCGAUCGGCGUUGAAUUGGUUACUAAACCUUCUCUGCUAUUAUUCUUAGAUGAACCUACUUCAGGUUUAGACGCUGAAGCAGCGUUGACCAUUGUUCAAUUUUUGAAAAAGCUUUCAAUGCAAGGCCAGGCUAUUCUGUGUACUAUUCAUCAACCUAGUAAGAGUGUUAUCAGCUAUUUUGAUAACAUUUAUUUGCUAAAAAGAGGCGGUGAAUGUGUCUAUUUUGGUUCAAUAACUGAUGCCUGUGACUAUUUUGUAGUUCACGAUAAACGUUUGACCUUUGAUAAAGAAAUGGAUAAUCCAGCUGAUUUCGUUAUUGAUGUUGUUGGUAGCGGAAGUAGUAAUGUUGAAGUCGAUCAUGGCGAGAAGUUGAGCCGGGAUGAAUACGACGAGCAGGCGUCACAUCGCAAACAAUCAGAUUCCUCGAUUAAUUGGGCAAGCCUCUGGCAAGCUUCCCCCGAAAAGGUGAGAAUUGCCGAUAGAUUGCUUUUGCUAGAAGAGGAAGCUCGAAACUCUAAUGUUGACUUCACUACAUCUGUAUGGAAUGCACCUUCAUAUAUGGACCAAAUAAAGUUAAUUACCAGGAGACAAUAUAUUUGUACCAAAAGGGACAUGACUUAUGUCUUCGCCAAAUAUGCUUUGAACGCGGGUGCUGGUCUAUUCAUUGGAUUUUCCUUUUGGAGAACAAAGCACAACAUUAACGGUUUGCAAGAUGCUAUUUUCUUAUGCUUUAUGAUGCUUUGUGUUUCUUCUCCUUUAAUCAAUCAAGUUCAAGAUAAGGCCUUGCAAUCUAAGGAAGUGUAUAUUGCUAGGGAAGCGAGAUCUAAUACCUAUCAUUGGACAGUUCUGCUCAUUGCUCAGACCAUUGUUGAAUUACCACUAGCCAUUUCGAGUUCUACAAUAUUUUUCCUAUGUUGUUACUUCUGUUGCGGCUUUGAUUCUUCUGCCCGUAUAGCUGGUGUUUUCUACCUCAACUAUAUUUUAUUUGCCGUCUAUUAUUUGUCAUUUGGACUAUGGCUUUUAUACUCUGCACCCGAUUUACAGACUGCUGCUGUCUUUGUUGCGUUCCUAUAUAGUUUUACAGCUUCCUUCUGUGGUGUUAUGCAGCCUUACUCGUUAUUCCCACGAUUUUGGACGUUCAUGUACAGGGUUUCACCAUACACAUAUUUCAUUGAAACUUUUGUAAGUUUACUUCUCCAUGAUAGAGAAAUCAACUGUUCAACAAGUGAAAUGGUGCCAAGUCAACCUGUAAUGGGUCAAACUUGCGGUCAAUUCAUGAAACCCUUCAUUGAAGAAUUUGGCGGGAAAUUACACAUCAAUAACACAUUCACUGUCUGUGCUUAUUGUAUGUAUACUGUCGGGGAUGAUUUCUUGGCCCAGGAAAACAUGAGUUAUCAUCACAGAUGGAGAAAUUUUGGUUUCGAAUGGAUUUUUGUCUGCUUUAACUUUGCCGCCAUGUUUGUGGGCUUUUACUUGACCUACAUCCAAAAAAUCUGGCCUUCCGUGGCUAGCGGCAUUAAGAAGUGCAUUCCAUCAUUUGGAAAGUCCAAAAAUCCAAAAAUACCAACAAAGUCAGUGUCCAAGCAGUAA